GGGGCCAGCAAAAAACGGAGGCUUGGCCAUGAACUGGCCCGGGACGGCGGCGGACCUGGCAGUCGUCUCCUGGUUGCGUUCCGGCUGCUAACGGGACAGAUUUUGACAUUAUGGCAGGAAGGCAUCAGAGUCGUAGUUUUCCUCUUCCAGGAGCUCAUUCAAGUGGUCAAGUACAUGCCUUUGGAAAUUGUACAGACAAUGAUGUGUUGGAGGAGGAUGCUGAAGUCUAUGAGCUUCGAUCCAGAGGAAAAGAGAAAAUCCGAAGAAGUACAUCAAGAGAUAGGCUUGAUGACAUUAUAGUAUUAACAAAAGAUAUACAAGAAGGAGAUACUUUAAAUGCAAUAGCCCUUCAAUACUGUUGUACGGUAGCAGAUAUCAAGAGGGUUAACAAUCUCAUCAGCGAUCAAGACUUUUUUGCCCUUAGGUCUAUCAAAAUUCCAGUAAAAAAGUUUAGUUCAUUGACAGAAACACUUUAUCCUCCAAAAGGAAGACAGGCUUCACGUCCUUCAUCUGUUCAAUACGUUCCAGAACAACAGGAAAUUUUGUCAGCUCAUGAUUCUCUUUCUUCCAGUGAGUUAGCUGGUAGCUUUUUAAAAGAAGUAGACCGAGACAUAGAACAAAUAGUAAAAUGUACAGACACCAAAAGAGAGAAUCUUAAUGAAGUAGUGUCUGCCUUAACAGCACAACAGAUACGUUUUGAACCUGAUAACAAAAACAUUCAACGUAAGGAUCCUUAUUAUGGAGCAGACUGGGGAAUAGGGUGGUGGACAGCUGUAGUGAUAAUGUUGAUAGUAGGUAUAAUAACACCAGUAUUUUAUUUACUGUAUUAUGAAAUUUUAGCUAAAGUGGAUGUUAGUCACCAUUCAACAGUGGAUUCUUCACAUUUGCAUUCAGAAGUCACACCCCCAUCACAGCAGAGAGAAAUGGAAAAUGGAAUUGCUCCAAGUAAAGGAAUACCCUCUGGCAGGCAAGGUGAUCAUAAACUACAUAGUCAAGAUGCUCAGCCGCCUGCUGCUCAUCACAAAACGUAGCAAUUAGCUCAUAAUUACACUCUUAGUGAUCACAUGUGCAUCUGGAAUGUGGUGAAGCACUUACAUUCAAUAACCACUUCAAAGGCAGAAUUUAGGGAGAUUGAAGAUCCUUUUGUUUUUCACCUUUUUUGAGCCAUUUACAAAUGGAUUGAGUAUCAAGUCUCUACAGUUGCUAGUUGUUGAUACUGAGAGCAGUAAAUCCAUCUAUCUGCUAUAUCAGUGCUUAAAGCAGAAAUGAAUUUAAAUAUGUGUCUACGAAGUUCUUGGAAAAUGCAUCAUUUUUCUUAUUCAAGAUUGGUUAUGUUUAAAUUUUAAUUUUUAAUUGUUUUUUGGCUUAAGGUUAUUAAUGUUAAGUUUAUUAAGCAGGAUAACUAUAGCAUCAGAUGUCUCAACUGAAGAAAAUUUACUACUGUGAGCCAUCAAAAUAUUUAGUUGCAAAAAAGUUGUUUGAUUCUAAAAUUACUUAUGAUAGCACAUACUUAAAACUCCAUUUUGCAACUUUU